UCAGAAGUCCACAUUUUACAUUUCUUCUCAGAAAAGCAAAAGCUUUCACAUUUUUUCCCCCUACAUUUCAUCAUGUCUCAGACAGUUGUUCUCAAGGUUGGUAUGUCAUGCCAAGGCUGUGUUGGAGCUGUCAACAGAGUUUUGGGGAAAAUGGAAGGUGUUGAAUCAUUUGACAUCGAUAUAAAGGAGCAAAAAGUGACCGUAAAAGGAAAUGUGGAACCAGAAGCUGUUUUCCAGACUGUUUCAAAGACCGGAAAGAAGACUUCGUUUUGGGAAGCACCAGCACCAACACCAGCACCAACUGAACCCGAAACAAAGCCCGUGGAAGAAAAGCCCACAGAAACACCAGCUGAGCCCGAACCAAAGCCCGCGGAAGAAAAGCCCGCAGAAACUGUUGCUCCAGCAUGAUGAUGAUAUAGCUUAAUUAAUGGGCUGAAAAUUUAUACCAUAUGCUUGUGAUUUAUACUAAAAGCCAGAAUGUGAUCUUAAUGAGUGCUGAAAUAAUUGUCUUGCUAAUUUUCUGUGUUUGGUUUUCUUGUAAUGUUGAUAGUAAGUUUUGCUAUCAAAUCAUGUAUCUUGUAUUUUAAUUUGUGCAUGUUUUGGAUCAUCAAAAAGAUUACAAUUUGAAAAUAGUUGGAAAUA